GGAUGACGUCAUGGGGCUGGGCUGUUGGAGAAGAAGAAGAGCUGGAGAACAACAUCAUGAAACAUCAUGUAACUAACUAACGGUUUAAAGAUCCUCUCAUCCACCAGACAUCCUCUACUGAGACUCUAUUCACCCGCAGAGAACAAGUUCCUUCCCAUCACAUUGGGACUUUAUAUGGGGUGGUGGGGAAGGCCUAGUCCCCCACCUUGAUCAGGUCCCCGCCAAACCGGGCAGCCAUGGACAAACAAGGAGCCAUGAGUACGCCAGGCAAGGUCAGCGGGCUCAAACCCCCCAGCAAAAUAGUCCGUCCAUCUGGGGUGCCAUCAUCAAAGACGUCUCCAUCCUCUGGUGCUCCGAAGCCAGUCCCUCCAGAGAAGUCCCCCGGCGGUGUGACCUCCCCGACCCAGGACGGGAGCGCGGACUUCCAGGUCGGAGAGAAGGUCUGGGUCAACGGCAACAAGCCCGGCUUCGUGCAGUUCAUCGGGGGCACGCAGUUUGCUCCCGGGCAGUGGGCGGGGAUUGUGCUGGAUGAGCCCAUCGGGAAGAACGACGGGUCGGUGGCGGGGGUCCGGUACUUCCAGUGUGAGGAUGGGAAGGGGAUUUUCACGAGGCCUUCAAAGCUGUCCAAGACUGCACUGCCUGAGAAGGAGGCCAACGGGGGGCAGACCAGUCCAGCACCAGCAGCAGCACCAGCAGCAGCACCAGCAGCAGCACCAGCAGCAGCACCAGCAGCCUCUGCCACAAGCGAGCCUGCACCUGCUGGAACUCCCACACCUGCUCAAGGCACCGGCAUAAGGACAAGCGCUGCACUCAACCGAAUGCUCACAUCCAGCGAGUCGGUGUCUAACGUCUCCGACACCGAAUCCAUGAAGAAGAGGAGGGAGCUGAGGCUGGCAGACCGUGUGCUGGUUGGUGGUAACAAGGCAGGAGUAGUGCGGUUUCUGGGAGAGACAGACUUUGCCAAGGGGGAGUGGUGUGGAGUGGAACUAGAUGAACCGCUUGGCAAGAAUGAUGGAGCCGUAGCAGGGACCAGAUACUUCCAGUGCAUGCCCAGGUACGGCCUGUUUGCUCCGGCCCACAAGGUGACGCGUAUCGGCUUCCCGUGCACCACGCCGACCAAGGCGAAGAGCUCACGGAGGAAGUCCACCCUCAAGAGGAGCCCGAGUGCUUCCUCCAUCAGCUCGCUCAGCUCCGCCACCUCCUCCAUCAGCGGCAAACCCAGCCGAGCAGGACUGCUGACGGAGACAUCUGCUCGGUACGCUCGUAAGAUCUCCGGCACCACAGCGCUGCAGGAGGCUCUGAAGGAGAAGCAGCAGCACAUCGAACAGCUGCUAAUGGAGCGAGACCUGGAGAGAGGCGAGGUGGCGAAGGCUGUGAGCCAUGCAGGAGAGGUGCAGCAGGAGAUGGUUCUGCUGAGGAAAGGACGGGAUCAGUACUCAGUGGAGAUGGAGGCAAAGUUGGAUCAGCUGCGUUCGCUGGUGGAGGCGGCAGAUCGAGACAAAGUGGAGCUGCUCAACCAGCUGGAGGAGGAGAAGAGAAAAGUGGAAGAUCUGCAGUUCAGUGUGGAAGAGGCCUGCAUCACCAGAGGAGACCUGGAGACGCAGACCAGACUGGAGCAUGCCCACAUAAAGGAGCUUGAGCAGAGCCUGCUCUUUGAAAAGACCAAAGCUGAAAAACUCCAGAGGGAUUUAGAGGACACUAGGGUGGCCACGGUGUCUGAGCGCUCCAGGAUCAUGGAGCUGGAGAGGGAGGUGGCCGACCUCCAGCUCCGGCUCCGGGCAUCCCAGCAGAAGGAGGACGCUGCGUCUCUGUCCCAGCAACAGAUCAGCAGCCUCAAGGCCCAGGCACAGUCUCAGGAGAAAAAGAUCAGUGAGCUGAGUGUCGACGUGGAGAGCAAACAGAAAGAGCUUCAGUCUGUGCAGCAAGAUAAGAGCUCGCUGGAACAGCAGCUAACCAGCCUGAGACAAAAACUGGAGACAGCUGAGGAGGAGAGCAGGAAGACAGCGAAGACAAUGCAAGAACUGGAGCAGAGUGUGGAGCAGUCGAAGAAAGACGUUAAAACCCUGAAAGAGGAGAGUCAGUGCAGAGAGAAACAGCUGACACAGGCUACUGAAAAGUCAGAGAGGACGGCGCUGUCGUUUGAGCAGCUGACCAAUGACAAUAAGACACUGCAGACACAGCUCGAGGCUUUAAAACAGCAGAACUCCAAAUACCAGGAGGAGCUCAGUCUGUCGAAGGAGCGCAGCGGCUCAGAGAACCAGCGAAUCGGAGUCCUCUGCAAGGAAAUUGAGGAGCUGAAGCUGGCGUCCCAGAAGUCUCAGCAUCUUGAGGAGCACAAUGAGGAGCGUAACAGUCAACAGCCAGACAUGAAGACCAGAGAAACCUCUAAUCAGGAAACGGAGGGCGGAACAAACUUCCAGAAAUCCACUGGAGCCUUAAUCUCAGACAGAGACCGGGAACUGGAAACUCUGAGGAACGAGAUCGCCGUGCUACGGGGAGAAAACGCCAUGGCCAAGACGCUGCAGUCGGCCGUGGAGACGUUGGACAGAGACAAAGCUCACCUGCAGAGCCGCGUUCGUAGUCUGGAGCAAAGGCUCAUGGGAACGCAGGCCUCGGAGGGAGAAGACAGGGACGCUCCGUCUUCAGGCGAUGCAGCUCUGGAGCAGCUGAGAGAAGAGAAGGAGUUUGCUGAGGGGCAGGUGAUCUGUGUCUCCAUUCGUCUCCGUCAGAUCAACUUCCUGAACAGCGUGAUCGUGGAUCUGCAGCGGAAGAACGAGGAGCUGAAGAUCAAACUGAAGAAGCUCGCUCUGGCUGAGUUUAACGGCAACGACGGGACUGAUGGGUUUGUUGAAGGUGUGUCAAAGCGGGAAAAGAAGGCGACUCCACGUCUAUUCUGCGACAUCUGCGACUGCUUUGACCUCCACGACACAGAGGACUGUCCCACUCAGGCCCAGAGCCCCGACUCCGUACCUCACACCACCUAUCACGGUAACCCGGCCGACGAGAGGCCCUACUGCGACAUCUGCGAGGCCUUCGGACACGCCACCGACUCCUGCAACGAUGACCAGACCUUCUAGUAGCUCCAAAAACAAACUCCGUACCUGCAUUUUAAAUCCUUCUCUUUCCCCUUAAACACACCUUUUACUCUCCCGCAAUCCAGCCCGACUAAAAUCCCUUCAGAUUUUUUCCAUAUUGUAUUUUUAUACUGUAUUUAUGCAUAUCACUGGUAGCCACCGUCCUGAUCUGAAUCCUUUACUCUGUAAAGAUAAUGCAGAAUGCUCGUCCAAAUAUGCUGCUUUGGUGCAAUAUCGAUGUUUAUAACAAAAAGGAAUCCGUCCUCUGCACUCGUCGUUUUUAACGUGUUUUAAGUUUGUUUCUAAAAUAACAGUAAGUGUUGUCUUUUGGGCUUUAUUUGUUAUCUAGCGGAAAAAAACGAUGCAACUUUUAAUGAAGCACAGUUGAAAAGUGAAGGGAAAAUGAA